AUGGAGAAUGACCGACGCUUGGUUUGUCCCCAUUGUGGGAAGGACAAUCACACUGCUGUCAAAUGUUACAAGAAGCAGAACGUGUGCCUCAGAUGUGGCAAGUCCGGUCAUUGGAUUAAGGAUUGCCCUAUGAUGAAGACAGAGGACCAACCAAAGACGCAAGGACGAGUGUUUGCCCUCACCGAACAAGAAGCCAAGGUGUCCACCUCGGUGAUCAGAGGUACGCUCUCCAUUUGUGGUGUUAAAGCUAGAGCCUUAAUUGACCCUUGUUCCUCUCAGUCUUUUGUUGCACCCCAUUUUACUUGUUAUUUAAAUGUUGAGCCUGCAUGUCUUGAUUAUACUCUAAUAGUAUGCACACCUAUGGGGGAUACCAUGGAAACUGAUAGGGUUUACAGACAGUGUAAAGUUACAAUUAAUGGAUGUGACUUGUCUGUAGACUUGAUACUCCUAGGAAUUCAGGAUUUUGAUGUUAUCCUGAGCAUGAAUUGGUUGUACAUACACCAUGCCACCGUCAAUUGCUAUGAAAAGACAGUGACCUUUAAACGCCCUGACCAAACUGAGCUACACUUUGAGAGCACUAGGGAUACUCCCCCUCUGUACUUUAUUUCUGCUCUCUGGGCCUCUCGUCUCCUAACUAAGAGAUGUCAAGGAUAUUUGGCUUAUGUGGUUGAAAAUCAGGACGUCAAGUCCUAG